AUGGCGGGCAUGGGCGAUAUGCCGAUGAGGCCGGCGCGGCCGGGCCCGCCGAUGCAGCACCGCGGGCCGCCGCCGAUGGCGCGCCUCCGCCCCGAACCAAUCGACCGCGAGAAGACCUGUCCUCUGCUGCUCAGGGUUUUCACAAGGGUUGCUGGUCACCAUCAAAAUGAAGAGUUUGCUGUGAGAGGGAAGGAACCAAAGGAUGAAGUUCAGAUUUACACAUGGAAGGAUGCCACUCUCCGCGAGCUCACUGAUCUUGUGAAAGAGGUUGCUCUUCCAGCAAGGAAAAGGAACGCGAGGCUUUCUUUUGCAUUUGUAUACCCAGACAAGAAUGGUCGUUUUGUUGUCAGACAGGUGGGUUCGACCUUCGCGUAUGGUCAUGGAAGAGGUGAUGAUGCCAAAACUCUUGCAGAGCUCGGAUUCCAGAUUGGUGAUUACUUGAGCGUUGCAAUCAUGUAG